UAAGUUUAAUAGUGCUGUUAAAUGUCGUCACUAAUAUUACAGUUAUUUAAAUUUUACAAAAAGCAUGUGAUUUACGUUUCCUUUAUUUGCAAUUGUAAAUACAUUUAAAAUGAGCGCUUUAGAAGAAGAAUACAUGAACUAUCUGAAAGAGUCGGGUGUCUUGCCACGCCUUUUGGAUAUACUCAAGCAAUUGUCAGACAAUGAUCCCAUGCCGGUAGACCCUCUAACUUUCUUGCUAAAUAAACUUGGCUGUCCGCUCAAAACGCAGCCCCAAAUGAAGACGCUGGAGCGUAAGGUGUCACGGGCUCUCGAUGAGUUGCGCUACCUGCGUCGCUUGCUGAUCGACUUGGGUGGUGGCGACCAACUCUACGAUAGCGACACCGAUGAGGAGGAAUUUGUUGGAGCUGUUGAAAGCGCCGAAUCUUAUGAUGGGUAUUUUCAUGUGCCGCCAACUUUUAGGCACGCUGAAACCAUUGUCUUAAAUCAGGGCAUCGACAUGGACAAGCCCUGCUGCAGUAGCUCCUUGAUGGGGGAACAGCAUUAGUUGCAUGCAAUAUGAUUUAAAACAUUUCCGGGACAGCACCCAUUUCCAUUUUUAGUAGUAGUAAGUCGUUUUAUUUUUUUUCAUUUUGUUUAUGAAUGCAUAUUGAACAGUAGCUCAAAGACAACGUUGCGUUUCGCGUUGCAUUAGUAGAAAAUAAUAAUAAAGGUAAAUAUUUUGAUGUA